AUGUUGCUGUCCUCCACCUCCACUGGAAUCAAACUAGAUGGAAAUGGUUAUGUUGAUAUUGUCAUUGCAAUCGGCUCAAAAGUACCACAGGAUGAGAGACUUAUUGAUAAAAUCAAGGAAAUGGUCACUGAGGGGUCAUUUUACCUUUAUGAUGCAUUGGAUGAAAAAGUCUAUUUCAGAGAAGCAACUAUACUAGUCCCACCUGAAUGGAAUGGUACAAACUAUGCCAAAGCAAGAACAGAGUCUUUUGGAAAGACAAAAAUAAGAAUUGAUAAUGCUAAUCCAGCAUUUGGUGAUGAACCCUACACUAAUCUGUAUGGGGAAUGUGGAGAAGAGGGACAAUACAUUCACUUCACCCCAGAAUACCUUCUGGAUGACAAUCUAAUUGAGCUUUUUGGAUCAAGAGGAAGGGUCUUUGUGCAUGAAUGGGCUCAUCUGAGAUGGGGCGUUUAUGACGAAUACAGUGUAGAGAAUACUUUCUAUUACUCUAAUGGCCGUAUUGAACCUACAAGGUGUAGCAAAAACCUUGAGGGUCAGUUUUAUGAAGUUACUGCAGGAGGAUCUCUUCAACAGUGCCGCACCGAUCAAGAAACUUCACUACCUACCCAGGGUUGUUUGUUUUUUCCAGACAGAAAUCAAAUCGCAAAUAGCUCCAUUAUGUUCUUACCGAGCCUAGAUCCUGUGACUGCAUUUUGUCAUGAAAGCGAGCACAAUUAUGACGCUCCAAACAUGCAAAACCAAAUAUGUGGCAAAGCAACAAGGACAGUAAUAUUUGAGGAUUCUGUGGAUAAAGAGGCACUUCGUUCUCUGAAACCACCAGAGACCCCUCCACCAGCACCAUCUUUUAAAAUUGUGCAGCGAAAGCAACGGGUCGUUUGCCUCAUCCUUGAUGUCUCAGGAAGCAUGAGAGGCUCAAGAAUUCUUCUACAGGAACAGGCUGCCACACAUUUCCUACGGAACUACAUUGAGGAUCAAGCCAGUGUUGGGAUUGUAACCUUUAGUACUAGGGCUUCGGUUCUGAGCCACUUGACUACUAUUGACAGUGACACCACAAGAGAGAACCUUAUCAAACGUUUGCCAAAAGUAGCAGAUGGAGCAACAAAUAUGUGCUUGGGCCUCGCUCUAGGCUUAGAGGUACUUCAAGAGGACAAUUUUGAUGUAUUAGGAGAUGAAAUCAUAUUUCUGACAGAUGGCCAGGCAACGGAUAAAUUUGAAGAUUGUGCUCCAACUGGAAUACAAAGUGGUGCCAUUAUAAGCACAUUAGCAUUCAGUAAAAGUGCAUCUGAAGCGCUGACACAGAUGGCAGAACUUACUGGAGGAAGAUUUAUCAUAGCCAAUGAUGAUUUGACCUCGAACCAGUUAAUGGACGCAUUUGCUUCGCUUACAUUAUCAACUGGAGAUUACACAAAAGAACCAGUCCAGCUAGAGAGUAUUGGAGCACGAACAUCUGAUUGGUUCAAUGGGACAGUUUCGGUGGAUCAGACUGUUGGGAACAAAACCAGCUUUGUGAUAAUCUAUGAAAGAAGUUUUCCCAGCGUUUACAUACAGUCUCCAAGUGGCUUAAUCUACACUCAGACAAAUAUGAAUCAUGAUGGAUCUCUGAAAACGGUCACUUUAAAUGUUCCAGGAACUGCAGAGCCUGGAGACUGGGAGUACAGUAUCCAAACUACAACACUUCAAGCUUUGACUAUAACAGUGACGAGUCAAGCUUCUCAAGCUGAUGUUCCUCCUAUCACUGUCAAAACCCACAUGAACCAGCAGUUCAGUGACGGCACUAAACCCAUGCUAGUGUUUGCUGAGGUUAGUCAGAAUUACAGGCCUGUAAUAAAUGCUGAUGUUUGGGCUACACUUGAGUCAGAAACCGGGUCCACGCAUACAUUACAACUCCUGGACAACGGAGCAGGAGCUGAUGCUAUCAAAGAUGAUGGAAUAUAUUCCAGAUAUUUCACAAAGAUUGAAAACGGUAGAAGCAGUUUGAAAGUAAGAGUGAAGAAUCAAGAUGGACAAGCCAGAUUUGCUGCCAAAAAGAGCGGUGCCCCUUACGCACCUGGAUAUGUGGAAAAUGGAGUAGUGCAGCUGAACCCUCCAAAGCCUCCAGUUUCUGAAGAACCACUGGAAGUUGGAAGCUUCACCAGAACAGCCACCGGAGAGAGUUUCGUGGUGACUCUUUCAGGUACAACUCCACCAAAUUUCCCUCCGAACAGAAUCACAGAUCUGAGCGCUGAGAUCCAGGAGGACACUGUGCUUCUCAGCUGGACAGCUCCUGGUGAGGACCUCGACCAAGGGACAGCUAAGUCCUAUGAGAUCAGGUGGAGCUUUGACCUUGAUAUGCGAGAGAGCUUCAGCAAUGGUCAUGUAGUCAACACAGCUGCUGUCUCACCUCAGGAGGCUGGAUCAGUUGAACAACAUUCAUUCAAUCUCAGUGUCACCAAGCCAGCAGAGGAGCCCUGACCUCUGGGUGAUCUGCAUCCACUCCUCUGCGUUAACUUCCUGUUCCUGGACUAUAAAGACUGCAGCAAGCCACUCACCUGCAG